AUGAGGAUGUGUGACAGAGGAAUCCAGAUGUUGAUCACUACUGUGGGAGCCUUCGCAGCUUUUAGUUUAAUGACCAUUGCAGUGGGCACGGACUACUGGUUAUAUUCCAGAGGUGUGUGCAGGACUAAAUCUACAAGUGAUAAUGAAACCAGCAGGAAGAAUGAAGAAGUAAUGACCCAUUCAGGGCUGUGGAGGACCUGCUGCCUAGAAGGGGCUUUCCGAGGCGUGUGCAAGAAAAUUGAUCACUUCCCCGAAGAUGCUGACUACGAACAGGACACGGCUGAGUAUCUCCUGCGGGCUGUGAGGGCCUCCAGCGUCUUCCCCAUCCUCAGUGUCACGCUGCUGUUCUUUGGCGGGCUCUGUGUGGCAGCCAGCGAGUUCCACCGCAGCAGACACAAUGUCAUCCUCAGUGCGGGCAUCUUUUUUGUCUCUGCAGGGUUAAGCAACAUCAUCGGCAUCAUAGUUUAUAUAUCAGCCAAUGCUGGAGACCCCGGGCAGCGUGACUCCAAAAAGAGCUACUCCUAUGGCUGGUCCUUUUAUUUCGGAGCCUUCUCUUUCAUCAUCGCGGAAAUUGUAGGAGUCGUCGCUGUGCACAUCUAUAUAGAAAAACAUCAGCAGUUACGUGCCAAAUCCCACUCGGAGCUCCUGAAGAAAUCUACCUUUGCUCGCCUUCCACCCUACAGGUAUAGAUUCCGGAGGCGGUCAAGUUCCCGUUCCACAGAGCCCAGAUCCCGAGACCUGUCCCCCAUCAGCAAAGGCUUCCACACCAUCCCCUCCACUGACAUCUCAAUGUUCACCCUUUCCCGGGACCCCUCAAAGAUCACCAUGGGGACCCUCCUCAACUCCGACCGGGACCAUGCUUUUCUACAGUUCCACAAUUCCACGCCCAAAGAGUUCAAAGAGUCGUUGCAUAAUAAUCCGGCCAACAGGCGCACCACGCCCGUCUGA